UACCGGUUAGCCAACCAGCGGUUCCAAGAGACCAUGCUAACCACCAUGCCUCCUAAAACAAGCGAGUCAUAUCAUUUUUUUUUUAGGUAAGAUGUUUAUUGAACAUUAAUGUAAGGAGUCGCCAGUGUCUGUGCUUUGUAAGAGUCUGAUCAGCAACCUUAAGUCUCCUGACAUUUCCAGGACAAAGGACUUUACACUUUUACUGCUUUUUUUGUUGUUGUAUUUUUUAACUUCAAGAAAGAGAAACGAAGAUAUACCUGAUAUAAUGUAAUGGUUGUGAGGGGCCUGGAGCCCAUCCCAGGAGGCUUAGAGCAUGAGACGGAGGAACACAAGCAAUUUGAGAACGCCACUUAACCUGACCAUUGGACUGUGGAAGGAAACCGAAAUAUACGGAGAAAACCCACCAAGCACGGAGAGAACAACCACACAAACCAGAGGCAGGAAUCGAACCCUGACCCUGGAGGUGAAGUGAGUUAUUUCUGGGGGAGACCCGCAUCCUCUUGGUUUCCUUUUUUUCUUUCUGAAGGGAGAUGACAGAAAAAAAGAUAGGAGCACCAGGGAUGACCCCAUGUAGCCGGUGGCGAGCCGCGGUCGCCGUGGGUGUGACCGCCGUGGUCCUGGCAGGACUGGGAGCCGCAAUCUGGGCCCUGGCUACGUACAUAAAGACAGCUGAAGACACGGGUUUAUAUGACGUGCAGGUGAGCGUAGCGGACCAGAGACUGCGAGUGUUUGACUCCGCCCAGCGGCGGUGGAGACACAUCUGCACGUCCGGCGCCAACCAGCUGCUCGCUGCCAUCAGCUGCGAGGAGAUGGGCUUCGUCAGGGCGAUAAAUUUCUCCAUCACAUGCGCUCCUGAUGGCAGCAGCCACGAGUUCUUCUGCGUCAAAGAGAGCGAGUUAACCUACGGCAAGAAGAUCGGCACCGCGCUGUACCCCUGUAAAUGUGAAAAAGGACAGAUUGUUCAAGUGCUUUGUCAAGACUGCGGGCGGCGCAUGCUCCCUGAGGAGCGGAUUGUCGGAGGUGUGGACGCGCGACAGGGCUCGUGGCCGUGGCAGGUCAGUCUGCAGUAUGAUGGAGUUCACCAGUGUGGAGGAUCCAUCAUAUCAGACCGCUGGAUCAUCAGUGCUGCACACUGCUUUCCUGAGAGAUAUCGUCACGUGUCGAGGUGGCGUGUUCUCAUGGGUUCCAUCUACAACACGCCCAUCCAUAAGAACGUGGUGAUCGCCGAGGUAAAGACGGUGGUCUAUCACAGCAGUUACCUGCCCUUCGUCGACGCCAAUAUCGACGACAACAGCCGCGAUAUCGCCGUGCUGUCCCUCACCAAGCCUCUGCAGUUCACUGAUUACAUCCAGCCCGUGUGUCUGCCCACCUACGGCCAGCGGCUGGUCGACGGUCAGAUCGGCACGGUGACGGGCUGGGGAAACGUCGAGUAUUACGGCACGCAGGCGACGAUCCUCCAGGAGGCCCACAUUCCCAUAAUCAGCGACGCCGUCUGUAACGCCCCCGAUUACUACGACAACCAGGUGACCACCACCAUGUUCUGUGCCGGUUACGAGAAAGGAGGAACAGAUUCCUGCCAGGGAGACAGCGGCGGUCCCUUCGUGGCGGCCGACUGUCUGUCGAAGACGAGCCGCUACAGGCUGCUGGGCGUGGUCAGCUGGGGGACGGGCUGCGCCAUGGCGAAGAAACCCGGCGUCUACACCCGAGUGUCUCGCUUCCUGCCCUGGAUCUCCAACGCCAUGAGGACUUAUGAAAAUUCCCCCGGAGUCCAUAAGAUGGCUCGUGCGUCCACAGCGUAGGCCGCCUGAGACUUUCCUGAAUCUUUGGAAAAAACGACCAGAAUCAGGUCUGCGAUGGACGUGACGGAGUCCCCAAGACCAAAACCAGUCGAUCAGAACGAAGCCAGGUGCCUCGCCGCAGCUCAGACUGACACCUCCCAGUCAAACCUUAAUUUUCACCGACUGAUAUAAAGCAGCAGCUGUAAUUCUGUAAUUAUUAGAGGAAGGAUUUACAGAAACGUCUAUAGCAGUGUUUAUAUUUAAGCUUUCUACACUCACAAGGGUAAAGGGGACAAAAAGGUACUGAUACGUACAGUAUGUCUGUAGAGGUGCUAGCACUGUCAAGAAGAGAAAGUCCACAAAAAAAAGUGUAUAUUAGUAGUGAUAUUAAACAACAUAAUAAUUGGAUUUAGAAGCGACCAGUUGGGGGUAAAAGAUUUUUUUUUCAUGCAAUUUGUACAAAAUUAUAAUAAGUCCAUAUCCAUUUAAUAAUAAUAAUAAUAAUAAUAAUACAAUUAAUAACAGAUCUUUAUUAUAAGAAAUUUUUUUACAGGAUUAGUUUUUGUAAAAGCUUUAAAAAGUUAAAUUUAUUCCUUUCUACAGUAUUUGUAUAUUGAUUCAUCACAAUUAUCACAUUAUAUAACAAAAUAAGAGUUUUUUAUUAUUAAAAUUACAAAACAACUGGUUUGUCUUUACAUAAAUGCAACAUACUCCGCUCUCAUACACGCAGGACAACAGUUUACGAACCAUAAAUGUUGGCACCUCUGCUUUUGCUUGGUUCCGCUAUUACGCGUCCUUUCACCUGGAAAUGAAAAAAUAAUACGUAUAUAUAUUUUUUAUUCCAUAAUAACAUUGAUAAUAAGCUUUGAAGUGAAAGACAUACUAAAGGAACCCCAGUGACAAAGAACGGCUAUAUCAAGUACCUUUUUAUUCCUAAGAGUGCAUACAGUAUGUGAUUUUUUUUUCAGUUUGUUUGUUUAUUAACAGGAAAUAUUAUACGACACGAGUAGCUAUAUGUUUUUGUGCAGGUUUCAAAUCACUCUACACUAAGCCUGUGUGAUAUUUACACAAUACUGUAGAUAAAUGAUUUAAUUGCCCACAACUGUUGUGUGGUCGGAGCCUCGGCGACUAAGAGAUGUCUCACCUGGAUGUUGGAGUUUUUAGCGAAUUAUUCUACGUAACAGGACAUUUAAGUUGUCUAGUUGCCGCGUAAAUUUUCAAAGGCAUUCUCAAUACAAAAGGAAUCCUUUGAUCCUGUGCCCCCCCUCUCCCCCCAAACGUUUCUUUAUAUUUUGUUACCAAAGUGCCAGACUUUCCUGUAUAUUCUAAUUUAGUCUUGAGGGACUGUUCUCCAGGACGUUUUGUCUCCUAUUUUCAGUCGUGUCCCCGUACCUGAGCAGAUUUAGGGGAAUGUGAAGUGAAGGGGAAGGAAAAUGAUAAAUGGUUUAAAAAAUUUUGACAUGCAUUUGUAUUCAGCUCCACCUGAGUCAGUACUUUGUGGAACCACCUUUCGCUGCAAUUACAGCAGCAGGUCUUUUGGGGUGUGUCUUGCCAAAGAUUCUCAAUUGGAAUAGGUCUGGACUUUGACUGGGCCAUUUAUUUAUUUAUUUAUUUAAUUUUUCCCCCUUAAUUUUCUCCCUAAUUCAGUCGUGUCCAAUUCCUCCUCGUCACUAGGGGGCUCCACAUUAAGGCUACUACUGCCGCUCAGUCGGGAGGCCCGAAGACUAUCACGUGUUUCCUCCGAACCGCAUCUUUUCGAACAGCUCGCUCACGCACCGUUGGGGGCGGAGUAACCGGAGGACAGCUCACAGUUGACCCUGAUUGGCUGUAGAGCCGUGAUUAAUGUGGGAGCACUAAGUACCUCUCAUCUCUCCCCUCUAAGAGAGCUCGGCCAAUCAGCUCUCUCUAGACCUCCUGCUCCGAGGUUACAGCAUCACCCAGGAAUCGAACUCGCGAUCUCCGGAUGAUAGGACAUUGUCCUGCUGGAAGGUAAAGCUCCGUCCCAGUCUCAAGUCUUUUCCAGACUCUAACAGGUUUUUCUUUCAGAUUGCCCUGUAUUUGGCUCCAUCCAUCUUCCCAUCUGACCAGUUUUCCCCGUCCCUACUGAAGAAAUGCAUCCCCACAACAUGAUGCUUCCACCACCAUGCACAGUGUUCAUUUUCCACCACGGACAGCGUUUUGCAUUUAGGCCAAAAAGUUCUAUUUUGGUCUUAUCUGACCAAAGCACCUUCUUCCCCACAUGUCGUAAACUGCAAACAGGACUUCUUAAUGUCUUCCCGUGGACAGAUUCUCCUACCUGAGCUGUGGAUCUCUGCAGCUCCUUGGCUGCUUCUCUGAUUAAUGCUUUUCUGUCAGUUAAGGUGGACGUCCAUGUCUUGGUAGGUUUGCAGUUGUGCCAUACUCUGUCAAUUUUCGGGUGAUGAUGGACUGAACAGCACUCAGUGAGAUGUUCAAAGCUUGGGAUAUUUUUUUAUACCCUAACCCUGCUUUAAACGUCUCUACAACUUCAUCCCUGACCUGUCUGGUGUCUAACAAAUCUCUGAGGGCUUCACUGAACAGCUGUAUUUAUAUUGAGAUUAAAUUGCACACAUCUGGACUGUAUUUAUUGAUUAGGUGACUUUUAAAGGUGAUUGGUUCCACUGGAUUUUAGUUAGGGGAAUCAGAGUAAACGAGUGGGGGAAUACAAAUGCACGGCACACUUUUCAGAUUUUUUUUUUUUGUGAAAAUGUUUGAAAUGUAUUUAUCAAUUUUCUUCCACUUCACAAUUAUGCGCCACUUUGUGUUGUUCUGUCACUUAAAAUCCCAAUAAAAUACAUUUACAUUUGUGGCAACAAAAUGUGGAAAUGUUUAGGGUGUAUGAUUACUUUUGCAAGGCAAAGUAUAUGGAUGGAUCUUAGUUCAACUCAAACCCAAUUUAAAAUAUUCUUCAAUAUUCAUAGAACUUAUGUUUUUUUUUGGUUAAAAAAAUAAAUAAAUCCUGCUUUCUGAUAAAUGCGUGAGUAACAGGUCUGGUAUUAAAUUAUGCAGCUCUUAUGCAAAAGCACAAUGUAAUAUAGUACAGAAAAAAACUUUACUGUAUAACAUGAUUGAGAUGAUUACAUUGUUAUAUCGCACGAGCCUAAUGUACACUCAUUUAAAUUUUUAAUGACUCUAAAAAUGAAAUGAAGGAAUAUUAAAGAAGUCUGUACAGAAAGGUUUACUGUACAUCAUUGCUAUGCUAUAGUGCGCUAUAAUGCUGGAUAAAAGGUUAUGAAGCUGUAUUUUAGUAUGAGAUCGUAGAGCCGUGGCUUGUGCACAUAAUAAACAAAAGACAUACAGUACGAAUAAACAGGUGUUUAGAAUUAAAUGGAUUCUGAUGUCCAUUAAAAGUAAAGUAAAAAUGUUUUUUUUUUUUUUAUGUUUUGGUUAUUAGACUGGACCUUACAUUAUUGUGUAAUAGUGUUGAUAUAACAAAAACAAACAAACAAACAAAAAUGUAAUAUGUGCCGUCUUCUUUUAUUAAUGUUGUUGUUGUUGUUGUUGUGGUUGAUUUCUCUGUUAAAGGCUGUGGAAGAGCAGUAAUAUAAACCAAAGACUGCUUUAUUUAGCCGCAGUAGUAUUAAAGUGGCAGUCAGUAUUUUCGCUUGUUAUUUGUCUUUGUUGUUGUAAAUAUACAGUACAGUACAAAUCUCCUCCUAUGCAAUAAAAUGUUUAAUUGUUAUAAGACACUAUUUUAUACCUACAGUAGAGAUUUUAUAUAAUUUACAGCGAAAUUUACAAAACCGAAUGAAACAAAUGUAAAAUUCUCAGCUGGAGUUUUUAUAUUUAAGGCGGAUCCGUGUAAGAUAUCCCGUAAGCCCCCGUCGUUUUGUUAGACCUAACAUACUGUGCACUUUCUUUCCUUUAUGUUGAACGUUCAAAAUUGAUGUGAAUAUUUGUACAUGAAUGAAAUUCAAACUGCUUACCUCUUUAAUGAUGUUUAAGUUGCUGAUUAUAAUGUUUUUAGCAUCAUGUAUGUUUUUUUUUGUCAUUUUCACUGUAAACGUUACAUCCACAGGCAUUAAAAUAAAGUCAUAAUUU